AUGGCAUCGCAGGCAGGCCCGUCGACGGCCGCCUAUGGGAUCCCCGAGGCAAAGCCUGAUGCGCGCGCGACGUCAGUCAUCGUCAUUGGCAUGGCCGGCUCGGGCAAGUCGACGUUUGUCGAAGCCUUGUCCAAGCAUCCAGCCCGGACAUCCUCGGCCAAGCACAAGCCCGAGUCCUACUUUGUCAACCUGGACCCGGCCGUUCGGCAGGUCGCAUACGAGCCCAAUGUCGACAUUCGCGACACCGUUGACUACUCACGUCUCAUGCAAGAGUACAACCUCGGUCCUAACGGGGCUAUCCUGACGGCACUCAACCUCUUCACUACGAAAUUCGACCAGGUCCUGGGCAUCCUCGAACGGAGGAGCGGCGACGUCGACCAAAUUGUCAUGGACACGCCGGGGCAGAUUGAGAUCUUCACCUGGAGUGCCUCGGGCAGCAUCAUCACCGACGCCCUGGCCUCGUCGAUGCCCACGUGCGUGGCCUACAUCAUUGAUACGCCUCGGAGCAUGGCGCCGGCCACAUUCAUGUCCAACAUGCUGUAUGCAUGCAGGGACCCAGCUGAGCGCGAUGAGGUUAGCAUCAUGUACAAGACGAAGCUGCCCUUUGUUGUCGUCUUCAACAAGAUCGAUCUCCAGCCGCACGAACUCCUGCUCGAGUGGAUGAACGACUUUGAGACCUUCCAGGCCGCGCUGCAGGGAGGAGACGCCACCGAUUCUGUGGCAGGCAAGCACGGCCGAAGAAAGACGGGGGCCGACGGGGAAGAGGGGAGCUACAUGAACAGCCUCAUGAACAGCAUGGCGCUGGUCCUCGACGAAUUCUACCGCAAUCUGAGGACGCUCGGCGUCUCAUCGUCGACGGGAGAGGGCAUCGAUGCGUUUCACGAGGCCGUCGCUUCGGCUCGCCAGGAGUUUCUCGAGGAGUACAAGCCGGACCUGGAGCGCAUGCAGAAGGAGCGCGUCGAGAAGCGGGAAAAGGACAAAAAGACGCAGCUCGACAAGCUCAUGAAGGACAUGAAUGUCGGAUCCAAGGGGAAACCAGGACAGGAAAAGGAGCGAGGGGAUGCAGAUGAAGAGGACGAGGAAGAGAUCGAGGCGCAGUACGAGGGCGACGGUCAGAUCAUGGAGCCAGACGAUGAGGACCUGGGUCAGGAUGACGAGGAAGAAGCAGACGACUUUGCUCAUGGCGGCGGCUUCGCAAAAGCCUUUGGCUCCAAUGCUCGCUUUCAGGACGAUGGCACCGCAUGGCCGAGGCCCGCUUAGAGGACCAUAAUUGUAUUUGUUCGCAAUUCUGUCGUGUGAGCAGACUUAAAAGGAUGGUAGACUUUAAAGGUGAGAUGAGACUGGGAGCAUGGACCUGGCAAGCACCACGGCGG